AUGUCGAGCAUACGGGGGCUGCUUCAACGCAAGCAAGAAGGCGCCGCCGCAAUCGACGGCAGCAAAAACAACGAAGAAAUGCUCGAAGGCUGCGACGAGUACGCUGCAAAGAGCCCUCCAACAGAGAAAAGGAAGAUGGGUGGGUUUGGCUUUGGGUCGUUGGUUGCGCCAAAAUUCAUGACGGGCCUCAAGAAUUUGAAUCCACUUAAGAACCUGGGCAAGAAGAGUCCAACAAAGCCAGGGACAAUGGCUCCGCCUGCGCCGCUCAAGCAAAUCGCGUGGCUCUUUGGGCCCAAAUAUCGCCACGACCUAUGGCGCGUGUGUCCAUAUCUGGCCCUUGCAGACAUCGGCAAGCUAGCCCAAGUCAAUGAAGCCACAAAUGAACAUUUGAUCGCGUACUUUCGAUCCCCGCAAUGGAUGGGCCACCACAUUGUCUCGACGCGGUACCUCGUAUUUCAAACUCUGCUGCGGGACCACAAGUUGUCUCGGAAUCGACUGCCAGGAGACUACGACUUUCCGUCGCUCAUUCUGGCAUAUCUUCCGCUGAAAGACCAAGUCCGCUUGACCGAAACGUGCCACCGCAUGGUCGAAAUCUACGCGGCAGCAUGUGACUUGCACCUGUGCGGGCGGCGCCAAAUCGCCGCGUUUCUUCGGAGCUACGACGUCGAAAGCAAGGCAUUUUGGACGCUCGUCCUGGUCACGUGGCUCGUCCUUCACGAUUGCUUUCCCAAGCUCCAGUCGAUUUCGUUUUCCUACGUCACGCUGGAAGGUGCGUCUGCUGAAGAUCUCGCAGCCAGCUUGGCAACGAUGCUCGAGCACUUGGGUGGUCGGCUCGAGUCGCUGGAAUUGAGAGGCUUCCCGUGGUCUGAAUCUGCCUACGCCGUGCUCAUCCAUGCCCUCUACAUCCACCCCCUUCCAAGCAUCCAUCACUUGAGCCUAGCAGACACCCCCCUCCAGCACAUCACACUGUUUCGCAUGGCGCCCAACUUUCGUCGACGCCAAUUUGCCGCACUGAUGUCGCUGGAUAUUCAAAACACUGGGCUGACAAGUGCCAGCUUUCCCGCCGUGCUGCACGUCCUUGCGCACGUGCCCCACUUGACGUCCUUGAACAUCUCACGCAACGAGUUGGGGAUCCAGGCGUGGAAGGACCUGGCCGCACAUAUGCUUGCCGCAGCGCCGCAUACGAACGUAUUCCAUACACUGGAGGCGUUCGACUGCAGUGGUGCGAUCCCUCCCCCGUUGUGGUGCAGUUUCAACAUUGAGGGGAUGGUGGUCUUCAUGGAGGCUCUGUGGCAGUGUCCGUGCUCGUCUUUGACUCAUCUGAACGUGUCAGGGAAUGUCAUGUCGAAAGAGGCUGCUGUGGGCCUCAGCCGCGCCUUCGUGCAUGAAACAGUGCCGUCCUUGAGCCAUUUGAACCUCGCAUCAACGUCUAUGACAAGCGAGUGUGUCCAAGUGUGGAGUGGUGGGUUGACAGGUCGACUUUUCCACCACACGAGCGCCCAAAAGCACCACGACAUGCCUGGCCAGUCGCUUGUGUCGUUGAAUGUGGCUGGCAACUCCAUCGGCAAGGGACUCGAAUUCCUGCUUGGGGCCAUGAAAGCUCGCGCGUUGACAUCGCUCGGCACGUUCGUGCUCGCCAACACCCACCUUGGCAUGAGCGAGUUUGACUUAUUGACCAAAACGUUCCAAGACGACUGUUGCCCGAGCUUGACAGUGCUGGACUUGUCAGAUAACCAAGCCAAAGGCGAAGGGCUCACGCGGUUUUGCUCGUUUUUCCACACGCCCGCCGCUUCGCGCUUGCAGCACUUGGAUCUGAGCCAUAAUCUUCUCGACACGUACUGCCUCCUUCGCUUGUCGGAAACCCUGCGGCAAAGCCACUGCGCGAGGCUUUGCACUCUCAACGUGGCGCACAAUUUGAAGGUCGGGUUCCAAACGCUGUAUCAUUUCAACGAGACGGUGCGAUCAGGAGCCUGUCCAUCGCUCCGUUGUUUGCAAAUUGGCGAUGCCGUCACGACGGAAGCAGGGCAUGAAAUGGUGCAGCGCUUGACGAAAACGGCGUCGGCAUCCAACGUGGCGAUGCGGCGGGAUCAAAUGCGCGACGAGAAGCGGUUGGCGUUUACGAGACAGAGCGAACUGGACGCCAUCCAGACGGACCUUCGAACCAAAACGAAGUGCGCGAUUCGAAGGGAGCUGUACGACCGUCUCGAAGCCGAUGCCGCCAGUGCCAACACUCGCGUCCACCCCGUGAAAAAGAUCAAGCACGUCAAGCUGGCUAUUCACCGCAAGAUCCAACAAGCCAUUCUCGACACUAGUUAG